AUGGCUGUAAUUGGAGGUGAACAGUUUAUGUCACUGGAAACGAAGGGUGGCCCAAUGACUGUCGAGGAGGAGCGAGAUUAUUAUAGGCAGCGGUUCCUGAGUCUAAAAUUAGUGUUAAAAGAGCUUCAGCAGCAGCUGUUACUGUAUAAGACAAGAUGUUCAGGUGUGGAUACGGUCGCCCUCAUGCUGAAGGAGUCCAAGCAAGAAGUGAUGACUCUGACAAAACAGCGCAGAGCCCUUGAGACGGCAGUGGCCAAUCUUCAGAACAGGCUGUCAGCUAAUGGCUUGUCAAAUAGUGUGAGCAUAGAGGAAACAGAGCUGUUUGUGCCAGGCGCUUCAAAACAAACUUUAGACAACUUGGCCAAGGAAAAUGCUAGACUACGAACUCUUCUUAAGAGUCAUGAAGCCCAGGCUAGCAAGAAGCCAUCAGAGGACAUUCAUAACAUGACAGCAUUAGUAGAGAAACUAGAAGCAGAAAACAACCAGCUGCGAGUGCAGCUGAUGGAAGUGGAGCAGCUGAAGCUAGUUGUCAGGAGCCAGUACGAAGAUGUCAUCAAGAGAAUCAAGGAUGCCCAUCAAGCAGAGAAACAGCAGCUGGAGCAGGAGCUGACCCAGAACCUGCAGGGGCAAGUCGUCAGCUCCAGGCACAAUGAGAGCGAUUGUGAUAUUGAAAGACAGACCAAAGCAACUCAGACAGUGGGUCUAGCACCCAGCAAGGUGGAUGAGGUCAGGCAAGCUCUGAGGAUGCUCUCAGAUCAUUGCAUAGCUCUUGAUCAGAGUCUGGAGCAUGUUCAGGAGGAGGCAAAGUUGGAAAAAAUAGAGAAAGACAAUGACAUGGCACCUAAUGAUAAAAACAAUAUGGUCAGCAGAGCGGCCUACAUGGAGCUGGAGCAGAAAUUGAAUCAGAUUAUCCAAAUGAACCAGCGAUGGCAAGCUUACAAUGAGAACCAAGAGCAGCAAAUCCAUGGAUUAAAUGCCAGGAUUGCAGAACUGGAACAACUAAAUAAGGAAGGAGAAGAGCUCCAAGGCGCACUCAAUGCUAAGGAAAUGGAAAAUCAAACUCUAAAACAUCAAAUCAUGAAUCUCACACGAGAAAUCAACAAGUUGCGAUUGCAGCCACCGGUUGAUGUCAGUCUCAUUGAGAUUCUCAAGCAGCAGAUACAAGUGUGUACCGAAGACUUUAACACAGAGAGGAAGGACAGGGAGCAUGCAGUCAACAAGGCGAAACAGCUGCAGGAUGAAUUGAACAGAGUGGUUAGUGAGAAUGAAGUCCUAAGAAAGGAUAUAGAUAACCUGCAGAAGAUUAAACAUACUCCAGAGGUGCAGUUUGAUAAAAGGGAAUCUCCAUUUUGGAUGAGGUCUCAGCCAAUGCCUUUCAAUGCUUUUGCUGGAAUACCACCUGACAGACUCCCAUUUCCUUCAUCUUCUUCUUCAUCGGGAACCUCCCCUUCAGUAGGUUCUUCUCACUCCCCGGUCCCGUCACCAGUACCGAUGUCAUUUUCAUCAACAUCAUCUGCAGCAGACAGGUCAUCGUUUUACCCUUCAGGUCCCCAAGACAGUAAUGCUGGAUUUCGAACCCUGCCCCGCACUGGAUACAGGCAACAAGUGAGUCAGGCAAGUGGUCAGACAAGCCUACCUCGAGCUCGAGGUCCUCAGGAGGUUCAACGAUCCUCAGCUUCUCCAGUGUCCAUGCCAGCUCUGAGUAACAGAAGUGAGGGGUUGGCAAAGCCUGAUCUCACCUGCCCAAAAUGCAGCAAGGAAUUUGCUGAAAGUCAACAGGCUGAACUUAUUCACCACAUCAACAGCUGCACAGAAUAA